AUGUUCAAGCAUGGGCGGCCUCCUCCUUUUAUCCACCCAUCACAACUUGGUGACGGUAUCAGGCUGCCUCUUCUCAGAUGUAGCCGAGUCCUAGGCCUCUUGAAAGAAUCUGAUGCCAGAGACAGUCAAGCUACGCACAAUGAAAUCUCUAAUGAAAUAAUAGCCUCGCUCGCAGAGUAUAAGAACUAUGAUGAAGGUGACCUGCUAGCCGCUUUGCAAGCAUACAACCUUUACUCUAUCGUGCUUCUGUUCUCCCCAGACAAGUGGGGUCGAACACAUCGUGUUGAGCAAGCCCUCAUCUUCGGACUUCAAGACAUCUGCUUGGAAGUCGCAACUUCCGGAGUUCUGCUCAACGCUGAAGUGAACUUGGAGAUUCCGGACUGGAAUGAAUGGGUAAUGGUCGCCUCCAAGCGACGCACUGUUCUUGCUGCCCACACAGUCUUGUGGAUCUGGUCACUUUUGCAUGGAUAUCCUCCAUUUGCGUGUCGUGAACUAGGUUUCAUGCCUAGCCCAGCACCUAAAAUCCUUUGGAACGCACCCAACGAUAGGUGGCAAGAUCUGUACCAGGAGUGGAUGCGACGUUGGCCUGGUGGCCCACACCGUCUUGAGGAGCUACAAGCCCUCGGGACAGAGGUUGAAAUAGAUCCACGGACACAGAUAUGGCUGGAAGAGGCAGAUGAGUUCGGUGUGUUAUUGAUGUCUGAAGGUAUAUGCAUGGAGUCGAUUGCAAAAGAGCAUAGCUGA